ACUACUACUACUACUUGUAAACAAUACGCUACACUGUCGUCGUAAGAAGCCCACCCUGGUUUAUUGACCUGCUAGCUGACGAAAGAUGUUAAAUUUAUUGUAGCAUCAGCAAUGGCAUUAACACUGCUCCCUAAUAAUGCCAUGACAUUUACUGAAAAUCAGCAUGGCACUAAUGUCUUAGAGAAGUUAAGAAGCCAACGGGAGCUUGUUCGUUGCUGUGAUGUCAUUCUUCAUGUUGCCGGACUUCAGUUUCAGGCCCAUCGAUGUGUUUUGGCUGCCUGCUCUCCAUAUUUUGAUUCAAUUUUCAAAGCCAGUAAAACUGUUAAAGAACAAUUGACCAUCAGCUCACAAGACCCUGAGGUGUUCAGAUGUCUCUUGGCUUACAUGUACACAGGAACUGUCGUGGUAGAUAAGACAAAUGUUGCCGAGUUGCUGCGUCUGGCCAAUAAGCUUCUCAUUGCAAAGUUAAAGGAACACUGUGAAGAGUAUCUUGAGAGAUACUUGGACACUGCUAACUGCCUCACUGUUCGUGAUAUGGCCACAAAAUUCAAUCUUGUGGCUUUAGAAAAAACAACAGGAACAUUCAUACGCUCUCAUUUACCAGAGGUCGUUGAAGAGGAAAUACUUGAUCUUUCUUAUUCAAGGCUAGAAGAUUUUCUAAGAAGUCCUUGUUGGCAACUCCAGGAAGAUCAAACAUUGCUGCUCGUGACACGUUGGGUUCACCACUGCCCAAAAAUACGUGAGCGUAACCUUCGAAGCCUCUUAACAUGGGUGCAGUGGUGUCAUCUAGAUCCGAAAAUUGCCACGCAGUUAAUACAAAGUCAUCCUCUUUACUCUAGCUCGUCAUCACUUUUACCACUAUUUUUCUUACUGGAUGCUUUAAAUGAUAAUUCCCUUCUUGAAGAAAACCUCUGCAAUCUGUUUUUCAAGCUAAAGGCUAAAUAUUGUCAGUUAACAGAAUCUGUAGUGGUGGACAAUGAAAGUUUUAUGAGUUUAGCAAUACAAACAGCCAUAGGGGGUCUUAAUGAAGAUCAGAACAUUUGUAACAGACCACAGGAAACUUCUUCAUCAUCAAGUGAUUUUCAUGGAAAUUUACCAUUGCAUACAUCUCAAGGAUUUCUGGCAGAAGUGGAGAAGGGUCCAGCCAACAACUUGCCAGUUACUCAGUCUCAUCAGAAUGUUAGUGAAUUUCCCAUUAACUUUCAAAGAAGUUGUGAAGAACAGGAUGAAGACCAGCCUACUCAGUAUGACCUGUGUCGCACUAAUCAUAAUGAUGAUAUGCAUAUAAGCCCAACUAACUUAGUGUUUCCCGGGAGUCACGCUCACAUCGGUGAAGACUCGGCAGAAGAUGCUAAUAUGGUGGAAGAGGAUACUUGUAAUACUCAAGAGCAUUUUGGACAAUCCGUGAGAAAUAUGAGUGUGUGGCAUCAAGAGGCACAAUAUGGAAAUGAGGAGUCCCUCUCUUCUGAUUCUGGACACAUAAGACAAGUGUAUGAUCAGGGCUUUAGUUUGAAGCUUCCUUCUGAAUCUUAUAAUGCAAGGAUGAGUCAGACAAGUUCUAGGGAAAUUAUGAUAAAAAGCGAGCCAAAUUUUGCCAGUGCUGCCUACUAUGUAAGUAAUUACAACCCAGAGGAUGAUAUGACAGUGUCAGAUGACCAGAGCACCCAAUCUUUCCAGUAUGAUGAAAAUUUUAAUGCAGGAAUGAAUUUUUAUCCUUGUCGCCUGAUGGAAGUAAAAGAAGCUCAACAUAGUUUCAUGGAACCACUGAGGAAUCAAGAAGCUUAUCCCAAAACAUAUUACCCAGUUGAAUCAAAUGACACUAAGGUGUAUUACAAUGAGAAUUCAACUGACACUCAGCUGUCCAAUUGUCCACAGGAUAUGACCAUUCAAAACCAGAUUUCACAUUGCUCUAAAGCCAUGCGUGACAUGAUGCCGAAGAAGGAAUUGUCAAGCUUAGAGUGUGUAGAUGAUGUAAUGCAGAAUGACCCUAAUAUGCCUGUAAGUCUUAUCACCGAACAGCAGCAUUUUGAUCACUGCUCUGUGGAAAAUAGUUCAGUUGUAUCUGAGGAGCUCCAUAGAGAUAUUACAAGAUCAAGUUGUGAUUCAGCUAAUGCAAUAUCCUCAAGAGAAAUAAUAUCUGAUGAUGUAGCAAAUGAAGGAAAGAGAAAUAUUAAUCCUUGUGAUUUCGAUAUGCGAAACUUUGUAUUUGAAAAGGGAGCAACAAAUGAACAGAAGGAUAUGGUUAAAGAGGCUCCCACUAAGGACAGAAAUGCUCCUUUAAAAACUAAGAAAGUGAAUAUCUUAGAAGGAGAAAAAUCACGUGCCCACCCUAAUGACCAUCUUCAGUUGUUAACACCACUGGAGGCUGAUGUCACUCCACGCCAUGGCAAGUUCAAAACGAAUAGAAGUGCAAACUUAGUCCCUACAGAACUCAACACAAGUGGAAUUAGUAAGCUGCACAGCAUCUCUGGUCAAGACUUACAUUCAGAAGACUCAGAUCCAGACGAUCCAGAUGAAAUGAAGAUAGAAGACUCGCUCAUGAGCAACAGAUCCAAGCAAGCAUCUCCAGAAAAGCAUGAAAUUUUGAAUGAACCCAUUGGCCAGGGAGGAGGUACUGUAAAAUUGGAGGGAAAUAAAAACCUCAGUUUGCCAAGAAGAAUGAGUACCAGAAGCAAAAUGGUGACAAACAGCGACAAAGGAACUAAGACUACUACAACUCCAGGGGUGAACAGAGUUUGCGACAUAUGCCAGUCAAGUUUUUCAAAGAGUAAAGUCUACUUUGCUCAUAUGAGGGAUCAUUUUCCUGGCCCACCGCAUCGUUGUGAUGCUUGUGAAGCUACUUUUAAACGUAUUUACCAUCUUCUUGACCAUCGUGUCACCCACCAGGAAACAAAGAAGUAUAAGUGUCCCACAUGCAACUUUAGUGCCCACAAGAAAUUUAAUCUUACUGAACAUAUGACACAGCAUAACAAAGUAAAACAAUAUGAAUGUAAGAUAUGUGGGCAGCAGUUCAGCAGAAGCAUGGUACUUCAUGUCCAUGAAACAAAACAUACAAAUGAUCGUCCUUCUUGUGAGACCUGUGGUUGGUCUGGAAAGACAAGUGGUGCACUUAUUACUCAUGUUAAAAUACACAGUGGAGAUCUUCUGAAGUGCCAGUUUCCGAAUUGCAAAUAUGAGACUGCCAAGAAGUCCCAUCUCAAAGAGCACAUGCAAAGCCACUCAAAGAGUCGACCGUGUGUCUGUACUGUAUGUGGAAAUAACUUUAUAACCAACAGCCAUUUGAAACGACAUAUGAAGUUGCAUCUCUCUGAGAAACCAUUCAAGUGUCUCGAGUGUGAUUAUGCUACUACGAGACGUGACUACUUGAAGACCCAUGUAAUGAAGAAACACAUGAAGAAAGAGUCAGUCAAGAUUACUACUCGGAAGAGAGAAAAGAAGUCAAAUAGCAAAAUUUCAACAUCUCAGACAGCAGAUGAUGUUACACAUGUCAUUACAGCUCAUAUAGAAUGUUCACAGGCUGACAUCUUCUCAGAUUUGGAAAAUACCAAUGUUUCUUUGCAACCUCAACUUCCUGGGACUCCACCUCCUACGACACUGACAGAAUAUCCUCCAAGUCCUACUUACACUUUCCAGGCUCAGUCUGAGACACUAAUGAUUGUACCAGAUAUGGGUCCCGUUUCGGAAAGCUUUGCCCAGUUGCCGCAAGCAUAUCUUUCAUCUAGUCUUAGUCCACAGUACCAGACGUCAUCCCAUUUUGCUACCCUUUCUCCAACCAAUGCUGCUCUGUCAUACACCAGUGGCCAGCAACAAGAGGAAAGCCCUUUGAAUUUUGCAGCUUACAUGAAGUAUGAUUAAAUCCAGUGCUAUCAUGUAUCACGGACACGGUUCAGUUAACAAAUAUCAGGGCGGUAAGAAUUUCUCACUGUUUGUUUCCAAGCUAGAAAAGUAUUUAUGUGCUUCAUAUGAGAAAAAGGUGUCUAAAACUUGAUAGGUUAAAAUUUUCAAGUUUUUGGAAAAAGUAU